UCUCUCUCCCUGUAUCUCUCUGUGUUGCUGUCUCCCUUUCUUUCGGCUGCCACCUGAUUGCGGCUCCAUGUGUUGCAGUACCACAUGAACGAAAGAGGGAGAUAGCGCAUGCCUGUAUUAGUUAGUGGUAGGGCAUUGGCUUUCGUAAUUGAUGUCUGCCCUUGACCAAGGCCUAAAAACAAAAACAAGGCAAAACCGAAAACUAAAACCGAGAUUGCAAACAAAACACCCCAUUGUUUGUGCUUUUAAAGUAUGUACAUGUAUUAGUACAUAUCCGGUCAGGAUAAGCGGCUUCACCAUGGAGCCCCCAGCGGCUGGAAAUCUGCUGGAGAUCAUGGAUCUUGCACGCACUCUUCGCCAGGAGCAGCUCUUUAUACAGCAGGAACAGGCGACCUUUGCCCAGCUCACAUCGGCCUUGGAAACAAAUGCGGGGACCAUUACCAAGUUGGCCUUUGUUUGUGCCCAGCAGCGGCAGAUUCUCAACGAAAUGCUGCUGGCUAGGACGGAUCAGGAUCCUCUGCUAUCCUGCAGGAGAGCAAGUGCCUAUGACAGUGCCCAGUUUGUGGACGCCAAGCAGCUGCUUCCAUAUGAACACGCCUUGGCCUAUGAGGAUCUGUUCAACUACCUGUACAACACACCCUAUUUGCUGGCCCUUUCCCUGGCUACCGCGGAUCGGCUGUCGCUGCUCUCAGCCAGCGCUCUUGGCCAGAUUAUUAAUACAAUUGCCACGGGGCUUUACGGGAAUGCGAUCAACACCAAGGAUGUGGAGCUGCUGCUGAAACUGCUGCGAGAACUGAUCGAAGUUCAGCUGCUGACCAGCGAGCAGCCUCGACGUCUGCUGAGAACCAAUAGCAGCUCCUUUGCCCGCCUGUAUCAACGGCUGGUGGAGAGUCUUUUCUCGGCCAGGAUAUUCCUAACCGCCGCCCUCCAUGCGCCGCUAAUGAGUGUGCUAAGUGAGCAUGAAAUCUGGCUGGAUCUGGAUCCGCACAAGCUGAUGCAGACAUUUACACCGCGCGAGCGAGAGAAGCGUUUUGGCCUGGAAGGGGAUGAGAAUAAGGAGGAGUACCAGCGAAAUGUCGCUCGAUUCCAUGCGGAAACUCUGGGCAAACUCCACUCACACGUCCAGGUGUUUGUGAAGAGUCUCCAGCAGAGUUGGGCGCUCUUCCCCAGCUCCCUGAGGUGGCUGCUGCAAACGCUUAGCCAGCAACUGAGGCAAUCGCUAACCCACGAGGAACAGGAUAUCCGCCAUCUGCUGACGGAUCUGGUGUUUACACACUUCAUUUCGCCGGCAAUAGCGAGUGCCGAUCUCCUGGGCAUCAUCGAUGUGAACGUUAGCGAACGGAUGCGGCAUAAUCUCAACCAGAUUGUUCGCUUGCUCCAGCGGCUGGCAUUGAACGACGAGGACAGCGAACUGGUGCAGCUAAUGGAUCUCCUAAUGCUGGGACAAACCGGUGAGGAUGUGGUGGCCAUAUUGCCGCAGCAAAGCGACUUUGAACGCUCCCAGCUGGCCAUCAAUCAAAGGGAACUGGGUCAGUUUGUGGAGUUCUUUCGGCUACUGAUUUCCCGCGAGGAAUACGAUAUAUCUGCGGAGGAGAGGCAGCGACUGCAUAGAAUUCUCAGCAGGAUACCCAAGCAGCCGCAGCAGCAGCAACAGCCACUGGAUGUGGCACAGGACAUGUCCCGCGAGAGCCCCGAAAAGGUUAAAAAGGGCGGCGGUAGCAGCAACAAGGCCAACCUCAUGAGGCUGGGCAAGGCCACCAAAAAGAAGCUGGCCAAGGGCAUGAGCUUCAGCAGUAAUCACAAUACCGUGCAGGUGGAACCGCCCCUGACCAACGGCCAAGCCAUCGCCGCCAAUGCCACAACUGCAAAUGGAGGCGGCGGUGCUGAUCUCGAGCUUAGCAACUCCUCGCACAGUGGCAGCAACACCAGCCUAAGUUCCUGCGGUGCCACCAUACCGAUCCCAGCAGCUAAUGAUCAGCACCUUGCCCUUGACGAGACGAGAUCCUCGGGCUCCGAUCCCGUGCUGCUGUUCAGCCUCUAUAAUGCCGGCGCCAAGUCCAAGCUGAAGCCAUUGACGGAGGAGGAAGUGUUAAAGAUGAACUGCAUCGGGCAGGAUGGUAGCAAUCUGUUGCCAGCAGUGGUUACGCACACCGCUCCCCUGGCGCCGUCAUCAAACAACGAUGACGUUAGCAGUCUGGAGGCAAUGAGAAGACCCCAGGAUGAUGCCUCCAUUGGGAAUUCGGAUAACUUGGAGGCAAUCAGCGAGGCGGCCCAUUCAGUGGCCAGUUCCCUAGACCUGGAGGAGCAGCAGGAGCGAGAUGUCCAUGAGAAUGAGGAUAACCUAUCGGACAUGGUGUCGGCUAAUGUUUCUGGUCGCGGAACGCCCAAUAUCAGUGGCCGGGACACACCCUCGUCCCAGGUAACGGAUGGCGGCGAUGGGACUGUCGGCGAUCACCUGGCCCAUCAUCAUCAUCACCACCAUGGCGUUCACUCGCGGGCGGCGGCCAACAAUCCGCAAAUGCAAAAGAUGCUACUUUCCAAGGCCCGCUCCGACAUCGAUGACAAGUUCUGCAAGUUUGAGCUGAAAAAGUUCGAGGGCGACGAGAAUGUGAGCAUCAUAUCGGACACUUGGUCCACGGAUGUGCUGGCCUCGGACUCGGAGAACACGCUGGAUGCCACCGGCAGUGAGAGGGGUGGCGCUGGUGAUAGGGACAACAACAGGAACUUCUCCACGCCGCUGAUACCCUCUGCCGUUGUCCUGCCGGGCGAUAAUAAUUUUGUGGUCGAAGCCCUGGCCAGAGCUGGUGGAGUGGUCGUUGUCGGCGGUGGCGGUGGCGGUGGACCCCAGCUGGAUGCCUCCGAUCAGCGAUCGGAGAGUAAUUGGAGCACCGAUGUCUUGGCCAGUGAUUCAGAGAAGUUGGCCGAGAUAGACACCGAUGACAAUGUCUCCAUUACGGCCAAAUCGGAUACGACGGCACCGCAGGCUGCCGUGCUCUUGGAUGACGAGGACGAGGAUGAGCAGACACCCGGCAGCAGUGGCGACGGCGAGUUACCCGAUCCGGAUCCGGAUCGGGGCAACGGGAGCGAGCGGAGCCAAGAGGACUCGGCUUUCUUUGAUGCCAUCAACUCGUACGACGAUGCCAAUCUCUAUAUGGGCGCCUCGUCUCUGGCCAGGAGUUCGGUGCGUACCAGCUACCAUGUCAUGGGGGGCGAGAGCAGCUUCCAGCAGCAGUACAAAUGCAGUGGAGCUGAUUCCAGUGGGCGCAAGACCACGCCCCUAAUGGGCACAUCCUGCAUGCGUCGCCAGACAUCGGCGGAGAGCAGUAUCAGCAAUCAGAGCCUGAACCUGGAGGAGGCACCGCCGCCGCCAAUGGGUAAGCACCAUCACCAUCAUCACCGAGAUCGGGAUCGAGAGCGAGAGCACCAUCAUCGAGAGCAUCAUCAUCAUUACCGGGAGAGGGAGCGGGAACGGGAGAGGUCGGCUCUAAAGAAGAAGAAGCACCAUCAGGAGAAGGAAAAGGAGAAGCAUCGGGAUCUAAUCGAUUUCAGCGAUUGCAGCGAGGAUAAAGAAGAGCUGGAGCGGAAUAGGGAGCUGGAACAGCCUCCCGGACUGGUGCAGCAGCUCCUGGAUAUGUUUAAUCAAGAUGAACAGGCCGCUGCCGCAGGAGGCGGGGCCUCGCCCAAUGUCGAACAUCGUCGCAUUUCCAUUGAGCAGCGUUCGGCCAUCAUCGAUGGCCGAAGAAACGGCAUCCUGGCGGGUAGCAUGCGGCGUCACCAGAGCUUAAACUACGAAAACCACGAGAUCAUGCUUAACUCCAUGUUGCCGAAGACCGAUGAUGAUAAACAGGAGAUGCUCCUAUGUGUGCAAACGCAGCAAUUGCAGCUGGAGGAGAGAGCUGGAGCUGGGGCUGGCUCCGGGGCAGGCGUUGUCCUACGAUCCGCUGAGGCGGAAGAUGCAGCAGCAGCUGGAGUUGGAGCCGCUGGCUUGAAGCCACCGAACAAGGCCACCGGAGCCAUACCAAAGAGCAUUAGCUUCGAUGCCAGUGCCGAUAAGGAGAAGCAGCCCUAUCAUCGCGACCGGGAAAGGGAUCGAGAAAGGGAUAGGGAAAGGGACCGGGACAGGGAGCGGGAACGAGACAGAGAAAGGGAGAGAGAGCGGGAGCGAGAUCGCGAUAGAGAUCAUCAUCCCCACAGUGCUGGGAUUUUCAAUAAACUGAAGCAGGGCAUCUUCAAGAAUCGCCGGGGAACCAGCGCCAGUGCCAAAAGUCAAAGUCACUCCAAUACCCCGGUGGUUCCAUCCGCAUCCACAUCUGCUUCUGCUUCUGCCGCCACUGCCCAGGCGGAUCAUCGGAGCGUGAGCUUUGAUCCCAAUGCCGGAUGCGUGAGCCACCACUUUGGCACCCACUACUGUGAUACGAGCGAGGACAUCCUGGCCAAGUACCGGCGCAAGGUGAGCAGCUCCAGCGAGGCCACCAACUCGGACUCCAUGGGCAAUAACAAUGGUCAUGGCGUUCGUCUAGGAGGCAGCGCCGCAGCUGGAUCGUCUGGGGAUCUGCACAAGCACAUGAAUGGCGUCGGCCAUCUCCCGGGGGUGGUUUUUGGCAGCGUGAAGCAGAAGCUCCGAACAGUAUUGUCCCGGACUGAUCUACAUAGCGGCGACUUUAGGCCGACGUCCAGCUCUACCACGACCACGACGACGAUGGCCACACCGCUGCAAAUCUAUUUGCAAAUCCAGCUGGCGCAGUGCACCAGCAUGCAGCGGCUGCCGCAAAUCUCGCAUGUGGCCGAGGCAUUGCGCUGUCUGGCGCAACUGGAGCGGCCGCAGCACGGCCAGCUUCUGACGGAGCUGCAACGGGACCUGGAGCGGCGACAGAGCUACCUGCAGUACCUGAUGCGCCACCGGCAGCAGCUGCUGCUCCGGACAGAGCAACUGGAACAGCUUGAGGCUCGGCUGAGUGGAGAGGCGCGCAGCUGCCAACGUUGCCUGCUCCAGGCACUGGUUCGCAUGUAUCUGGCCUGGGCCCGGCAACAGGCGAAGCUGGAGGAGUUCCAAGCCGAAUUCGCCCAGCUACGAGCCAGCGAUGAGCGGGUCGAGCUAACCGAGGAGUUUGUAGAGUCGCUGCUGCAGGAAUUGCGCACUAGUGCCGAUCUGCAGGAUGACUGGCAGCUGGAUGCCGCACGUGUGGCCAUCGAACGCAUGCUCCUCGAGCAGAUGUACGAGCAGGUGAUGUUCCCCAACGAGGAUGCGGAUGUGUCACGCGACGAAGUGCUAUCGGCCCACAUUGGCAAGCUGCAGAGAUUCGUGCAUCCGGCUCAUCCGUCGCUGUGCAUCGCCCAGGAGUAUUUAGGCGAGGCACCAUGGACGUUUGCCCAACAGCAGCUCAGUCACAUGGCUGCCUACAAGACCCCACGCGAGAAGCUGCAGUGCAUCAUCAACUGCAUCUCUAGCAUCAUGAGCCUGCUGCGCAUGUCCAGCGAUCGCGUACCCGCUGCUGAUGAUCUUCUGCCCGUGCUCAUAUAUGUUGUAAUAAUGGCCAAUCCCCCCUAUCUACUGUCGACCGUGGAAUACAUUAGCUGUUUCCUCAGUAAGAAGCUCGUGGGCGAAGAUGAGUUCUACUGGACACUUUUUGGAUCUGUGGUGAAGUUCAUCAAAACAAUGGACUAUUUGGAUUAACAACGGUGAUUCGUCAACGAACGAUCCUCCAACGAUAUUUGUUUUGUAGUCAUUAGGUGGAUUUAUUUAUGUAUUUUGUAGAAUUGUUUACACUCCUCCCCUCUGAUAUUUUCUUUUUUGUACAAAAGCUAAGCUGAUAAGACGUAAUAUCCAAUCGAUCAAAGCGAUUAAUAGCGAUACCAUCGUGUUAAAUCGAAAAGGGGACAAAACAAAUGCCAAGAAUGCUGAAGAGAAGUGAGAAGAGAGUUCUAGUUUUAGGAGAACAUUGCAUGUACGCUGUAAGGCCUUGCCUGAUGGCUACCAACCCAUCAUGAUGACAUAUAGUGAACGUAAUUGUGUAUUCUUAUGUGUAUAUUACCAACAAUAACUAGAGAGCAUAUUCUUCUAUUUAUAUAUAUUUACAUGCAUGUUUAUCAUCGGUCUAGCCUCUGUCAUAUAAGUAUGUUUCGGAUACACGAACUGCAACUUAAUAUUCCUUAUUGUGUAACACAAAAUAAAGAUCAAUGCAUAAAACAAA